UAUGAUAAUUUAUAUGUAAUACACACACACACACACAGGUCUCACUCUGUCACCAGGCUGGAGUGCAGUGGAUGAAUCAUGGGUCACUGCUGCCUUAACCUCUUAGGCUCAAGUGAUCUUUCCACCUCAGCAUCUCAAGUAGCUGGGACUGUAGGCGUGCAACACAACACCUGGCCAAUUUUUUAAAAUGUAGAAACUGAGGCUUACAAUGUUGCCCAGGCUGGUCUUAAACUCCUUGGCUUAAACAAUCAUUUCACCUUGGCCCACCUCCCAAAGUGUUUGGAUUACAGGUGUGAGCCAAAAAGCCCAGCCAAUUUUUUUGUUUGCUGAGAUGGAGUCUAGCUCUGUUGCCCAGGCUGGAGUGCAGUGGCGGGAUCUCGGCUCACCCCAAACUUUCCCUCUCAGUUCAAGCGAUUCUCCUGCCUCAGCCUUCGAGUAGCUGGGACUACAGGCAUGUGCUACCAUGCCUGGCUAAUUUUUGGUUCUUUUUUUCCCUUUUUUUCUGAGGUGAAGUCUUAGUCUUGCACUUUUCCCCCAGGCUAGAGUGAAAUGGCACAAUCCCAGCUCCGUGCAACCUCUGCCUCCUGGGUUGAAGAGAUUCUUCCGCCUCAGCCUCCCUAAUUGCUGGAUUACAGGCACCUGCUGGCACGCCCGGCUAAUUUUUGUAUUUUUAGUAGACACGGGGUUUCACCAUCUUACCCAGGCUGGUCUUGAACUCCUGACCUCAGGUGAUCUGCCCACCUCAGCCUUUCAAAGAAAUUUUAGGCCAUGCCUGGCCUAAAAAAUAGGUUUUUGUUUUUGUUUUUUUUUGAGACGGAGUUUCGCUCUUGUUACCCAGGCUGGAGUGCAAUGGCGCGAUCUCGGCUCAUCGCAACCUCCUCCUCCUGGGUUCAGGCAAUUCUUCUGCCUCAGCCUCCUGAGUAACUGGGAUUACAGGCAUGCGCCACCAUGCCCAGCUAAUUUUUUUGUAUUUUUAGUAGAGACGGGGUUUCACCAUGUUGACCAGGAUGGUCUCGAUCUCUUGACCUUGUCAUCCACCCGCCUCGGCCUCCCAAAGUGCUGGGAUUACAGGCGUGAGCCACCGCGCCUGGCCAAAAAUAUGUUUUAAAGAACUGUUAGAACCAAACUAUACUCCAGCCUGGGCACCAGAAUGAGACCUUGUCUCCAAAAACAAAACACAAAAACGUAUAACAAAAUUAAACUUCUAAGGUUGUGUCAUCUGUGUUUCCUCCCUGCCUGCCAAGCGAUAAAACUUAAAUUUUUUUUUUUUGAGACAGAGUUUCGCUCUUGAUACCCAGGCUGGAGUGCAAUGGUGCAAUCUCGGCUCACAGCGACCUCUGCCUCCUGGGUUCAGGCAAUUCUCCUUCCUCAGCCUCCUGAGUAGCUAGGACUACAGGCACGCACCACCAUGCCCAGCUAAUUUUUUGUAUUUUUAGUAGAGAUGGGGUUUCACCAUGUUGACCAGGAUGGUCUCGAUCUCUUGACCUCGUGAUCCACCCGCCUCGGCCUCCCAAAGUGCUGGGAUUAUAGGUGUGAGCCACCGCGCCCGGCCUUGAGGAGCCUUUCUAAGAUGAGCAACUUUGGCCAACAUAAUUCAUGCUUAUCCAUUCCCAGCCCCCGCUGCCCCCCAUUCCUAAUGGCCACCCCAACGAUGUGGUCAGCAGUGGGGUGCAGCAUGGUGAGAGAAGGGCUCAGGGAUGGGAUGAAGGUCUUUCCUGCAGUAUCAGAAUGAUUAACAAGUUGUCAAAAAGGUGUCCAAACUUUCUUUUUACCCUUAAAUAGCUAAGAUGUGUUGUACAGGCAGACCCAGGUAAGGGAAAGAGCAAGUGCAUUUCAAGCCUCAGCUCACUUCUUUAGAUGUCAUUCCCUGGGCACGUGACCCUGCCUACCUGUACAUGUUUCCCUGUUUAUAAAAUGCAGGAAUAGGGGAAUGGUUGGGGUUGGGAGGUGUGUCCUGGGCCUUUAUCCAAUAACCGGUGCUGGCACAGAACCGCCUAAUCAGGCGCGUAGCUGGUGGGCAGGUUGUGGCUUCCGGCCUUUGGUGGGGACUUUGUCUCUGGCUUCAGCCAGAGCUUGGAGUCCGUAUCUGCUGUUCUGAGUCCUGCACCUGGGGAGCCCCUUCGUCACAGCCUCUGUCGCCCUGUGAUCUGCAGGUCCUGGGAGAAGCACAGCUAAGAUGCCAGGACAUCCUGGAAGCUGGGAAACGGUUGCCUACUCAAAAAACCGGAGGUUGCGGUGAGCUGAUAUCGCACCAUUGCACUCCAGCCUGGGUAACAAAAGCGAAACUCGGUCUCAAAAAAAAAAAGAAAAGAAAUUAAUUAACUGUUCUUUGUUCUGGCUUCUGCAAACCUGUUAGCAGCUACAGCAUCCUGGAUGUGUAAAAAGGCCUCAUUUUGGCCAGGCGCGGUGGCUCACGCCUGUAAUCCCAGCACUUUGGGAGGCCUACACGGGUAGAACGGAAGGUCAAGAGAUCGAGACCAUCCUGGUCAAGAUGGUGAAACCCCGUCUCUACUAAAAAUACAAAAAUUAGCUGGUCAUGGUGGCGCGUACUGUAAUCCCAGCUACUCAGGAGGCUGAGGCAGGAGAAUUGCCUUAACCCAGGAGGCGGAGGUUGCAGUGAGCCGAGAUCGCGCCAUUGCACUCCAGCCUGGGUGACAACAGCGAAACUCCGUCUCAACAACAACAACAACAUCAACAACAAAAAGGCCUCGUUUUCUCUCUCCUGUGCUCAGCCUUGGGAUGCUAAUCUGCUGAGCCGGUGGCCACCUUAAUAAAAUCCUCCCGUUUCACCAUUGGUCUCUCUGGUCUCCUGAAUAUUCUGUAACACAAUCGCAGCACCUGAUGCUACUGGAAGAUUCAUAGACUCCAGGACAUUUCUGGAGCUGAGAAAUGGUGAGUGUGUCGGGCUGAGAGUAUGAAGAAGGGGGAGGCCUUUUUGGAACCGGCCACAAAUAGCAGUGGCGGGAUAGAGUCUGAGCCUAAGUUCCCCACCACUUAACCCUCUGUCUCCCCCAGUGCAGGGACCCCGGUGGUCCUGUUCUGUUUCAGCCGCUUUAGCCCCAGCCUGUAGCCCUCUUAGCGCAGCUCUGCGCCCACAGCCCUGCAUGUUCCCCAGGUUGUGAGAAGGUCAUCAGGGCAAGACGCCGACUGGGUGUGCAGGGCUCCUGCGUGAAAGGAGCUGUGGUCUGCAGGGACCCCAGUCCCUACUUUACCCCGUUCAAAAAUAAACUGAAGCACCAUUAAAAUGUUAAAGAGUUAAUAUGCCCUGGCCUGAUGGUUCAUGCCUGUAAUCCCAGCGCUUCGCCAGGCCGAGGAAGUUGGAUCAGGAGGUCAGGAGUUCCAAACCAGAUUGACCAACAUGGUGAAACCCCGUCUCUACUAAAAAUACAAAAAUUGGCCCGGCCCAGUGGCUCACGCCUGUAAUCUCAGCUCGUUGGGAAGCUGAGGCGGGCGGAUCACCUGAGGGCGAGAGUUCCAGACCAGCCUGACCAACAUGGAGAAACCCCGUCUCUAUUAAAACUAGAAAAAAUUUUAGCCAGGCAUCGUGGCGCAUGUUUGUAAUCCCAGCUACUCGGGAGGCUUAGGCAGAGGAACCGCUCGAACUGGUGAGGCAGAGGCUGCUGUGAGCAAAGAUUGCGUCGCUGAGCUCCAGGCUGGGUGACAGUGGGAGACUUCCUCUCGAAAAAAAAAAAAAAAGAAGAGGAGGUAAUACGCACCGUGAUUAAUCAAUGGGACAGCCCCAGACAUGGUUUGUGGGUUUGGUUUUGUUUGAGAUAGAGAUUUGCUCUUUUGCCCAGGCUGCAGUGCAGAGGCGCAGUCUCGGCUCACCCCAACUUCCGCCUUCCUGGUUCAAGCGAUACUCCUGCCUCAGCCACCCGAGAAGCUGGGAUUGCAGUCGUGUGCCACCAGGCUCUGCUAAUUUUUUUUUUUUUUUUUUUGAGUAGUCUUGCUCUGUCGCCCAGGCUGGAGUGCAGUGACAUAAUUCGGCUCACUAAAAGCUCUGCCUCCCUGGUUCAAGCAAUUCUCCUGCCUCAGCCACCCGAGAAGCUGGGAUUACAGUCAUGUGCCACCAGGCUCCGCUAAUUUUUUUUUUGAGAAGAGGUCUUGCUCUGUUGCCCAGGCUGGAGUGCAGUAACAUAAUCUCGGCUCACUAAAACCUCUACCUCCCUGGUUCAAGCGAUUCUCCUGCCUCAGCUUCCUAAGUAACUGGGAUUACAGGCGGUCACCAAUAGACCUAGCUAAUUUUUUUGCAUUUUUAGUAGAGAUGGGGUUUCACUAUGUUGACCAGGCUGGUCUCAAACUCCUGACCUAAUGAUCCGCCCACCUCAGACUCCCAAUGUGCUGGGAUUUCAGAUGUGAGAUACGACGCCUGGCCUAAUUGUGUAUUUUUAGUAGAAAUGGUGUUUCUCUUUGUUGGUCAGACUGGUCUUGAACUGCCGACCUCAGAUGAUCUGCCUGCCUCCACCUCCCAAAGUGCUGGAUUACAGGCAUGAACCACCGCACCCGACGGUUUAUGGUUUUGGGGCUACCAGAGGAUCUUGAAAUAAAGGCUUCCAUAAGGGGCCGUUGACAUUUAGAGAUGUGGCCAUAGAAUUCUCUCUGGAGGAGUGGCAAUGCCUGGACACAGCACAGCAGGAUUUGUAUAGGAAAGUGAUGUUAGAGAACUACAGAAACCUGGUCUUCUUGGCAGGUAUUGCUGUCUCUAAGGCAGAUCUGGUCACCUGUCUGCAGCAAGGAAAAGAUCCGUGGAACAUAAAGAGACACAGUAUGGCAGCCACACCCCCAGUUAUAAAUCCCCCUCUUGCCCAAGACCUUUGGCCAGUGCAGGGCAUAAAAGAUUCUUUCCAAGAAGUCAUGUUGAGAAGAUACGGGAAAUGUGGAACUGAAGAUUUACAGUUAACUACAGACUGUGAAAGUGUGGAAGAGUGUAAUCUGUACAAAGAAGGUUAUAAUGAACUAAACCAGUGUUUGACAACUACCCAGAGUGAAAUAGUUCGAUGUGAUCAAUAUAUGAAAGUCUUUCUUAAACGUUUAAAUUCAAAUAGACAUAAGACAAGAUGUACUGGAAAGAAAACUUUCAAAUGUAAAAAAUGUGACAAAUCAUUUUGCACGCUUUUACACCUAACUCAACAUAAAAGAACUCAUAUUAAGGAGAAUUCUUACCAAUGUGAAGAAUGUGGUAAAGUCUUUAACUGGUUCUCAGCCCUUACUAGACACAGGAGAAUCCAUACUAGAGAGAAGCCCUACAAAUGUGAAGAAUGUGGGAAAGCAUUUAAGCAGUCUUCAACCCUUACUAAUCAUAAGAUAAUUCACACUGGAGAGAAACCCUACAAAUGUGAAGAAUGUGGCAAAGCUUUUAAGCAGUCUUCAACUCUUACUACACAUAAGAGAAUUCACACUGGAGAGAAACCCUACAAAUGUGAAGAAUGUGGCAAAGCCUUUAACCGGUCUUCAUACCUUACUACACAUAGAAGAUUUCAUACUGGCGAGAAACCCUACAAAUGUGAAGAAUGCGAAAAAGCUUUUUACCUAUUCUCACACCUUACAUCACAUAAGAAAUUUCAUACUGGAGAGAAACCCUUCAAAUGUGAAGAAUGUGGCAAAGCUUUUAACCACUCCCCAAAACUCACUGUACAUAAGGUAAUUCAUACCGGAGAGAAACCCUACAAAUGUGAAGAAUGUGGCAAAGCCUUUAGUGUAUUCUCAAACCUAUCCAGACAUAAGAGAAUUCAUGGUGGAGAAAAUCUCUACAAAUGUGAAGAAUGUGGCAAAGAUUUUAAACAACACUCAUACCUUAUUAUACAUAAGAGUAUUCAUACUGGAGAGAAACCCUACAAGUGUAAAGAAUGUGGAAAGGCCUUUAGGGUACAUUCAAUCCUUACUAGACAUAAGAGAAUCCAUGGUGGAGAAAAACCCUGCAAAUGUGAAGAAUGUGGCAAGGCUUUUAACCGGUACUCGCACCUCACUAUACAUAAAAGAAUUCAUACUAGAAAGAAACCAUAAAAUGUGAAGAAUGGCAAAGCUGAUAAGAGAUACUCAACCACUAGUACACACAAGGUAAUUCAUGCUGGCAAGAAACCCUACAAAUGUGGAGACUGGCAGAGGCUCUUUUUUUUAAUUUUUUUUUUAAAUAAAAUAGAUGGGGUUUCACCAUGUUGGCCAGGUUGGUCUUGAACUCCUGACCUCAGGUGAUCCACCCGCCUUGGCCUCCCAAAAUACUGAGAUUACAGGCGUGAGCCACCGUGCCCAGCCAGCAAAGGCUUUAAUUGGUCCUCCAUCCUUACUAAACAUCAGAGAAUUCAUACCAGAGAGAAAUCAUAUAAAUGUAAAGAAUGUGAUAAAACUUUAACCACUUCUCAACCCUGACUACACGUAAAAUAAUUCAUGCUGGAGGAAAACCCUACACAUCUCAAAGGUUUUUAUUGAUUCUCAAACAUUACUAAACAUAAUUCAUACAGGAGAGAAAUCAUGCACGUGUAUAGAUUGUAGCAAAGCUUUUAACAAACCCUCAUCCAUUACUAAACAUAAUUUAUGCUGGAGAGAAACCCUACAAAUGUGAGGAAUGUGGCAAAGCUUUUAAAGUUCCCCCAACUUAACUGCAUAUAAGAAAAGUUAUACUGGAGAGAAGCUCUACAAAUGUGAGGAAUGUGGCAAAGCUAUUAAACAAUCUUUAACCCGUACUACUCAUAAGGUAAUUCAUGCUGGAGAGAAACCCUACAAAUGUGAAGAAAGAAGAAUGUGGCAAAGCUUUCUUUUUUUUCUUUUUUUUUGAGAUGGAGUUCGCUGUCGUUACCCAGGCUGGAGUGCAAUGGCGCGAUCUUGGCUCACCGCAACCUCCACCUCCUGGGUUCAGGCAAUUCUGCUGUAACUCAAACUUUUCUAACCAUAAAAGAAAUCGGGGGCUGAACGCGGUAGCUCACGCCUGUAAUCCCAGCACUUUGGGAGGCCGAGGCGGGUGGAUCACUAGGUCAAGAGAUUGAGACCAUCCUGGUCAACAAGGUGAAACCCCGUCUCUACUAAAAAUACAAAAAUUAGCUGGGCAUGGUGGUGCGUGCCUGUAAUCCCAGCUACUCAGGAGGCUGAGGCAGGAGAAUUGCUUGAACCCAGGAGGCGGAGGUUGUGGUGAGCCGAGAUCGUGCCAUUGCACUCCGGCCUGGGUAACAACAGAGAAACUCCAUCUCAAAAAAUAAAUCAUGUUGGUUAUUACAGUAAUACAUUCUACUCUAAGGAACAUUGUAGAAAUUAAGUAAUACAAAAUGAAAUAUUCAUGAACUGACAUUAUUAAUGGUUAAAUAUUUGUAGUACACAAAAUGAUUUACAGAUAGAAUGCAACCUCUAUCACAGUACUAGUGACAUCAGAGAAGUUUUUUAAAACUAUGUCAAAAUUUGCUGUGCUUGGUGGCUCACGGCUGUAUUCCCAGCACUUUGGGAGCUGAGGUGCAUGGAUCACAAGGUCAAGAGUUCAAGACCAGCCUGGCCAAGAUGGUGAAACCCUGAUUCUACUAAAAAAAAAAAAAAAAAAAAAAAAACACUACAAAAAUUAGCUGGGCAUGGUGACUCACUCCUGUAAUCCCAGCUACUCAGGAGGCUGAAGCAGGAGAAUUGCUUGAAACUGGGAGGCAGAGGUUGCAGUGAGCUGAGAUCGUGCCACUGCACUCCAGCCUGGUGAUAGAGCAAGACUCUGGAAAAAAAGAAUCUAUGUAAAAAUUCAAAUAAGUGAUUAAAAACAAUACAUUUUCAAUCUAUGAGAACAA